AGUGUUGCAUCAAUGUUGCAUAUUCUUUUAUUUUAAUUUUUAGUGUAAACUCUUUGAUAUUUUAAUAGCUAAUAAAUAAUAUAUUAAUUAUUGAUCUCUUCACAUUUUUUUAAUGCGUAAAAUGUCGACAAAUAAAUUAAUAGUCGUUAAAUAUAUUGAAUUCGUAAAAGUAUCUAUGUGUUGAAUAUAUACGCCUAUUACUAAGAAUAUGUACUAAUACUUAGUCAGCUGAUAACUAAAGAGAAACCUAACCUUUUUAAAGGAUUUAUAUUAAUUUAGUGAGAAAAAAUGUUUGGUAACAAAGUUCUGCCUAAUAUGGUGCAAAAUGCACGAAUAAUAAUUGAAAUGAAAGAAUUAAAUACAAUAAAUAGUCUUUUCAUAGGUUGCACGCGUUUGUUUUCUGAGAAAAAGACAAAUGGAAAAGUGGAAAGUGAAAGAAUUAAAGAAUUUAGGAAAAAAUUGCGUGAACGUACAUCGAUAGAAAAGUUGCCGGAGUUUGAAGAAGGAAAGCAUCCUUACCAGGAAAAAGAACCUUUGAAACCAUUUCCAGAUAAUACAAAUCCAAAAACAGGUGAAAUUGGUGGACCACGUGGACCAGAACCAACUCGUUAUGGGGAUUGGGAAAGAAAAGGACGUGUAACAGAUUUUUAGAUAUUAAUUUAGUACCAAUAUUAUUAUAAUUAUUUGAGGAGAAAUAUAUUAAUUAUGUAUCAUUAGCAACCUUUACAUUAUAAUGUUAUCAUGUAAAUUACAAAUAUAAAUUAUGCAUAGAAAGAUA